GAGACCCGUUGACUGAAGUGAUAAACAGCCGAGGCGAGAUGGUGGAGCGGAGGGUAUUUUUUGUUACUGUGAUAACAACAUUAGCCAGUUUCUGAAGAUCACAUCGGAUCGGGGUUUUACAAUCUCUAAAUAAAACAUCCAGCAACCGAAGAGUGUUGCAUUGCACUCGGAUUCCGUUUUGCUUUGUCAAAUAGAAACAUUACUACCUUGUUCUGUUGUUUUCUUGCAGCUCGGUUCUUCCACACAAAUCUUUUUCUUUUUUUGUGUGUGUGUGUGUGUACGGAAUGGACGACAAGAAGAAGAAGAGGAGCCCGAAAGUGUGUCUCGCCCAGCUGGCCCCCCCGGUGAACCCCCGCAAGCUCUCUGUGCCGGCCAGCAAGAGCGCCACCUUCUCCCUGGGGCUGCCCCAGCCCCCCUCCCCUAAACCCAGGACCAGGUUCAAGAGGUCCCACAAAGAGAAGGCACGAGCCCCUCAGCCCGCGGGCCCCAGCAAGGUGAACCAGUCCUCCCCCCUGCAGCACUCCUUCCUGACGGACGUCUCCGAUGUGCGGGAGAUGGAGGGGGGGCUCCUCAGCCUGCUCAGCGACUUCCACUCCGGAAAACUGCAGGCUUUCGGGAAGGUGUGCUCGUUCGAGCAGCUAGAGCACGUGAGGGAGAUGCAGGAGAAGCUGGCCCGGCUGCACUUCAGCAUGGACAGCCACGUGGAGGAGCUCUCCGAGGACCAGAAGAAAUCCGCCUCCGAUCACAACCUGGAGCACCUGCUAUGCAACCUGGAAGAACUCAGCACCUCGAUACAGAAGCUACACUUAGCAGAAAACCAAGAACUGGCCAAGCCCUCCGCAUCAUAAAGCUGAAAGAGGUCGGAUGAAGCAGGUCCUGGACUGAGCCUCAAAGCUGUUUCAGAGCCACGGAAACGCGGAGUAGAAAAGUGACAAAUAUGAUCCACACAGCUCCCGCUCAGUUUAACACUAAUAGAUAUUUCCUUGGCAUCAGUUUGCUAUAUUCUUCCUUAGUUUAGCCUUCUGUACUAAAUUAAAAAAAAGACUAGUUGGCAGCCCAGUUUGUUUACAUUCCCCUAAAUGUUGCUGUAGGGGCACGAGCACACCCCCCCCCCUCCUCCUCCCUACCCUUGAAAGCUGCUUACCACUGUGAGCCAAAGUAGGCAUUUCUGUGCAACUACCAGGUGUGAAGGGAUGUUAGAAAUUACUGCAUUUAGCUUGAUAGGACUGGAAUUUUUCAAAUGAGUGCUUUAAACUAUGAAUAUUUUUUACCACAGGCCAAGUAAUGUAUGUGUAUGAAGAUGUUUUGAAUAUGUCUGCUUGUACGCUAUAUACAGACUGAAUAUGUACUGAGACAUUAAGGUAGUUAAAACAUUUCCAGAAUGUCUUUUCUUCGCUCUGUGUAAGCAGGCUGGUUGGGUUCCACAAGGUUACCAGAAGGAAAUUUAUAGAUUUGAUCCUGCAUCACAUAAGGGUAUUCAUUUGUAUUCCUUUGCUUCUUCCAGAGAAAGACUUGAAAUCUGUUUUACAAGCACAACUUCCCAGUCGUACAGCAGUUCAGAAACGUCACCUUUACGAAGAUCAGAUUGCAUUGAAACUGUGUUAAGAUUAAAACAAAACGACAUUAAAUAAAUAAAAACGAAAUUAAAACAUAAAUCGACAGUUCGGUUUAACUGAGCUUUUAUUUGAAAAUGUGCUGCAGAUUAUUGACCCCUUAAGUGCCAGUAGUUAAGGGUUAAAUUGCGGUCUUUAGUUUUGCUAUCAAACUUUUAAGCCAUUGAUUUUAAUAUAAGCCGAUAAAUAGUUAGUGUCUGUUUACAGUGUCUUCAAAAUAAACCCAUGUAAUGUUUUAGUAAUGCAAUGGGUAUUACAAAUAACAGCGAAUCCAACAAACAUACAGUAAUACAGGCAAAAACAUGGUAUGGGAUUAGAGCCCUUCCACAUGGCAAAGGCAAAUGCUGUUGGAAUGGAAUUUUGUAUUAUUUUGCAAAACACAUGAUUUACUGUAAAAUGAGGGACAACAUAAUAUUCCUUCAGCUGAAUUAUUUUAACAUGAUCAGUGCAUGCAAAACAUUGCAUAGCAUUAACUUUGCACAGCAUUCUGGGGUGCAAUGGCGAGAAGGGUGCUACGUACAUAGAAAUUUGUAUUGUAUUGUAUUGCAUUGUAUUGUAUUAAUGUAGCACAUGGUGGCAGGUCACAAAAGGGAUGAGGUGGUUAGUAUAGGAUUUAUAACAUUGACUGAACAGGUGCCAGCAAAACUGUGAAUCCCUUUCCAAUCGUGAACACUAAAUGACUUUGAACUGGAAUAGAUGUUUAAACAUUACUGGACUGCUUCCUUGUAACUGUAAUAACUGCAUGUAUGUAUGUACUGUAUGUCAUGAUAACAAACUUUGUACUUUGUUUUAUUUUUUUAUAGAGAUUAAAAG